AGGAGGGGGAAAUCAGCUGUAGCAUCCUCGGGCUGUCCUAUCUCCUAGCAACCAUGGGGCGGGGGAGGCUGAUGCAGCAUCCUUAGUCUUGUCCCGUUUCUUAGCAACCAUCGCGAGGGGGGAGCGACGAGAGAGAAGAGGAGGGGAGGCUGGUGCCUGCCCGCCAGCUCAGCGCCACUUCCGCUUCUCUGCUCAACCAGGUUACUAGGGGCGACCGAGGCCGGGGCCCGGGCUUAGUGCCCCCGGGCGCCCCCGCCGGCCUCCGCGGCCUAGCGGCUAGAUACUCUUUCUGUCGCGCAUCCUCACCCGGUCAGGGCUGGAGUUGGUACGAUGGCGGCGGCGGCAGCCCCGCGGCCCGAGGCCGAGGAGGCCGCGGAGCCCCCCUGGGCGCUGCUGGGCCCGCGAACGGACGGGGAGGUCACGGGCAAGGCUCCUCUGGCCCCGCCGGGCCUGGCCGGGGGCAAGCCCCGGGGCAUCUGCUCCCGCUCCUACUUCCUGGUGCUGAUGGUGUUCGUUCACCUCUACCUGGGCAACGUGCUGGCGCUGCUCUUCUUCGUGCACUACAGCAACGGCGACUCGUCUGGGCCAGGGUCGGGAGCCGGCCAAGGGGCGUCCCCCGACCCGGGCCCAGCAGCCGCCCCCGCUGCUGUCCCCGCCUCCAGAGCCCCAGUCGUCCCUGCAGCCCCCGCCCUCUUCGGGUCACCCCUCAUCCGUCUGGAGGGCAUUAAGGUUGGCUACAAGCAGAAGGUGGAGCUGAUCCCCAACAAAAUUCACGAUGUGAAGACCCUCAGCAUGAAACCUCUUCUCUUUGAAAUUCCCAACUUUCUGAGUGAGGAAGAAUGCAAGCUGAUUAUCCACCUGGCCCAGCUGAAAGGGCUGCAGAAGAGCCAGACGCUGUCCACGGACGACUAUGAGGAAGCCAUGGAAAUGAUCCAAGUCAGCCCAAUGGACAUCUUCAAUCUGCUGGACCAUAACCAAGAUGGGCGGCUGCAACUCAAGGAGGUGUUGACCCAUACCCGUUUGGGGAAUGGGAGGUGGAUGACUCCUGAGAACAUCCGGGAGAUGUACACUGCCGUCAAGGCCGAUCCUGAUGGUGACGGUGUGCUAAGUUUGGAGGAGUUUAAGCAGUUAAACCUCAGGGACUUCCACAAGUACAUGGGGAGUCAGAAGGUGAAGGUGAGCGACCUGGUGCGAAACAGCCAGCACACGUGGCUGUACCAGGGCGAGGGCGCCCAUCAGGUCAUGAGAUCCAUCCGGCAGAGGGUGCUCCGUCUCACUCGUCUGCCCAGAGAGAUUGUGGAACACAGUGAGCCCAUGCAGGUGGUCCGGUAUGACCAGGGCGGACACUACCAUGCCCACAUGGACAGUGGGCCUGUGUUCCCAGAAACAGCUUGCAGCCAUACAAAACUCAUCACUAAUGAAACCUCACCCUUUGAAACUUCCUGUCGCUAUGUCACUGUACUGUUUUACCUGAACAAUGUCACCGGUGGUGGGGAGACAACUUUCCCAGUCGCAGAUAACAGGACCUAUGAUGAACUGUCCCUGAUUCAGAAUGACAUUGAUCUCCGAGAUACCCGGAAACACUGUGACAAGGGGAACCUGAGAGUGAAGCCUCGGCAAGGCACCGCUGUCUUCUGGUACAACUACCUGUCUGAUGGGCAAGGUUGGGUAGGAGAAUUGGAUGAAUAUUCAUUGCAUGGUGGCUGUCUAGUCACCCAGGGAACCAAAUGGAUAGCUAACAAUUGGAUCAAUGUAGACCCCAGCAAGAGUCGCCAGAUGCAGCUCCAUCAGGAGAUGGCUCGUUAUGCUCAGGAGGAGCUUGAGGCCCAGACUGAGUGGACAGUGGACAAGUCCUACAAGAAUGUGCAUGUAGAGCUCUGACGGGCUGGGGUGAGCUCACAGAUAGCCAUGGACAGACCUGAAGCAGCUUCUUCGGUGAAGACUGUGCUUUGACAGGAAGCUGAUAGUUCUUUGCUUUUUCUGCCAGGAAGGCUCCUCAGCUUGGGGUGUCUGACCUUCCCCUCAUUCAUGAGGCUCUAAGAUGAUAUCUGAGGUAUUAGGCUUGGGGUGGUCAGAAGGUUGAAUUAGCGAGAAAGUGUGGUAUAAUCACAACAGGAAAGUAUGAGUGCCCAGAGGAGCCCUACUGCCCAGUAUCCAUGGAAUCUCGCCAGGAAAAAAGACCUGAAAGGGUUUUCAAAGUAAGAAGGAAUUUACUUGGGGCCCAAAUGAGUUCAUCCCAUGUAUGAACUUGGGGCUUCUGGUGGCCUCACUGGGGGUGUGGCUGUUUGUUCCCUUAUUUCCACUGAAAUCAUCCAGUAGUUAGUAGCUCCCUGGUACGGGCCCUGGCCGUGGCUGGGGAAGAGGGAGGUUCAUUUUGAGGGUGGCAGUCUCCUGGUAAAGGAAGGGAAAAGCUUGAAGUCAGGCUUAAGUUCUGUGUGUGUCUGCAAGGAAGGAAAUAGGCCAGAGUUUGAUUCUCACCUUUACACCCUUCACAUUGAAGCUAAGGAGAAUUUAAGCCCUUAAGUUAUUUGUAGAAAUGUCACUGUCACCAUGAAAAAAAGCUGAUUUGGUGCUUAAGAGUUCCAGGGGGGAGUUGGGGAGAGAUACUGGCUAAUUCCUAAGUUUCUCUGGUAUCUUGGAUCCCUUAGUGAAAUCUUCCUUUUUUGUUUUUGUUGCUUCACCAUCCUGCCAGUCAAGGUCUUCCCUCCAUAAGGAAUACUGCAGCACUCAAAGCUUCAUGCUUCUGACUCACAGGUCACACUUCCUGCAGUUCAGGGUUCAACCUUGGGCAGGGCUCAUGUGGAAGAGAAACAGUCACGUCAGAGCUGAAUAGGACCUUAGAAAUCAGCCCAUGUGGUGCUCUCAUUUUACAGAGGAGGAUCCAAGACCUAGAAAGCAAUGACUGGCCAGAGCCAGGAGCAGGAGUAGGAGCCUUACCUACAGCAAGGUGAGGGAUGAUACCAUACAUGGGCACAUAGCAAUGGCUUCUUCUCAGGGGAAAACAGGCUUUAAUCAUGCAGAAGUAUAAAUUAUUGGGGGGAAAGGGAAACUUUUAAAGUGCAAUAGUAACAAUUUUAUGGAAUGAAGUGGUUUUGUUUUCUUAUUUAAAGUCAUGUGUUUUUUGUGAGCAGUGGGCAACAGAGACUAGGUCCUGGGGGCACUUCCUGAAGAACAGCUGCCAGUUUGCAAUCUCAGAGGUGCAUAGAAUGGAAGAGUUUUUCAGAAAAUGCUCUUUGUCAGUAUGCCUUCUGAAACUGGGACAUUGCACCUUUCGGGUCCUGGCCAUCUCUGUUAUCUCUGCUAUAGCUUAUCAUGCAUAUGCAAAUAGUGACUUGUGUACAACCAUGCCUCACACAGAUAUAUGCAAAUACUCCUGCAGCUAACCAGGGGUUUAUCUGUAUUCUUUCCCUCCGAUUCUCCACCCCCUUCAGGAACACAAGCACACAUUACAAAUCCUUCAGGAGAACUAAACCAAAGAGGCCUCUCUUUGUUUCUCCACUUAGUUACCCUAAGAUAGAUUCCCCACACACUUCUGGGAAUGUUUUGUGGUGACUGAGUAGCAGGGGGAAAGACCACAGUUGACAUAAGCCAGGGCAUCUUAACCUUUUUCCACUCUCGACCUGGGUAUAUAGAUAUAUAAGAUAGGUAUACAUAAUAACCUUUUACUGUUGCCAAAUUUUUUGCAUUCAGUCAGGUGGUUUAAGAAGCUAGGGUAUAAGCCUACCAGGUCCAUGAAAGACUUCGGAGAGUCAGGAAGUCUUUUAAACCCUAGGCUUGAGCACACUCCUGUAAGAAUAUUGGUCAGCACAAAAAGGGCUCAUCUCAAGGGCUGAGGCUUGGGGGUUAGCUUCUAUGAGGCCAGGCUGGGCAAGGUGGCACUAUUGUGGAGGGGAGAAAGGAGUACUUUAAAGGAAAAGGGACCUGAAGGACUCUACGCUCUUAAAACAGGCUCAAGAUGUCUCUCAAAGGUGGUUGUUUCCAAACUUUUGAUCUACACCAUGUUGAAGGACACGUGAUUCCUGUGCCUGGGAAGUCCCACUCAGAUGGACUUCUGUGGCCGUGCUCUAAUCCAUAGGCACCCCCUAGAAGGGCCUGAACUCUCAGAGUUCCCAGCUUAGGAAAUCUCUGCAGGCUACCGUGGGCCCGGUUGGGCAGCUAGCGGGACACUCCUGGCCUCCGUCCUCACCAGCCAGGGGAGUCUGGGGGCUGUGAAGAGGCAGCCCCAGCCCCGCUUCGCCCUUUGCCCCUUCAUUUUGUGUUCUACUGCGUGCGGACCGAGGCCCUUCUAAAACGGCCAAAUAAAAAAUUAAAGCCUUCAUGUGGCCUAGACU